AUGACCCAGGAGACGAAAUGUAGGCCUCGUGUAAGCCACGCUGCCGCAUCCGCGAGAAAUAAAAUCACAGUCAGGCCUGCGCGAUCUCCUGCGCCGCAACGUUGGGCCGUUGCUGCUCGUGCCUGCGCUGUAUCCGUACAAGAGUUCGAGGUCGAAGAAAACAUCGACUUCUCCGUUCUCACUGGCCGAUCUUCAUUCUGCCUUCAGCACCCGUCAGGCCAUCCUUUCGUUUCAUUUCUCUUCCCUUUCUUUCCUUCCCCUCUCUCCCCAUCCAUUCCUUUUCUUUUCAUUCCUGUGUUGAUUCUCUCUCACUUAUACGCGCCGCAUCAGCCGGACGCUGUGAGCAGGCAAUUUCGCUUCUCUGUCCCUGAACUUCCCCCUCCAGGAAUAGGGGCAAAAAAAAAAAAAAAAAGACCGCAAGCCCCGUCACCAGGAUUUACUGUCCCAUCCGUUCAAUCUUUUCUUGCGCUUGUCAUCCUUCCAGAGGCACAGGUUCAAUUCGGCAGUCGCUUGCUGGACUCGUGGAUUGUCGAUUGA